AUGGCUCAUGGAGCUUUCUACCCUCUCGACCUUGCUCUCGAUAGCAAGGGACCAGUUGUCGGACAGACCACCCAUCAUGCAACGAAGACCAAGGCCGAUUUCACCUCGAGCACAAAAGACGCACUCUACAUUGAGACGUCUCUAGCCUUGCGACUUCGUUUGCAAGACCAAAAGACGCUAUAA